AGGCGGCUCCUGAGCUCUCGAGGCAGUGCCACCUGCCCGCUCUCUUCGCUUCGGUCGCGCUCCCCAUCGCCAGCAUGCUGCCGAGACUGAGCGGCCCCGCGCUGCUGCUGCUCCUGCCGCCGCUGCUGCUGCUGCUGGGCACUGGCGGAUGCGCCGAGGUGCUGUUCCGCUGCCCGCCCUGCACGCCGGAGCGCCUGGCCUCCUGCAGGACCCCGUCGGCCGGGUCCGGGCGGCCCUGCGCUGAGCUGGUCCGGGAGCCGGGCUGCGGCUGCUGCUCCGUGUGCGCCCGUCUGGAGGGCGAGACGUGCGGCGUCUACACCCCACGCUGCGCCCAGGGGCUGCGCUGCUAUCCCAACCCGGGCUCCGAGCUGCCCCUGCAGGCACUGGUCCAGGGCGCAGGCACUUGCGAGAAGCGCCGCGACUCCGACAAUCCGGACCAGGCUGCAGACAAUGGCGAUGACCGCGCUGAGGUGGAUGACCACGGGGACGGGACCGUCCUGGGAGGUGGAGGCAGUGCCGGCCGGAAGGCCUUCACGUCAGGCAUGAAGGAGAUGGCCGUGCUACGGGAGAAGGUCACUGACCAGCAGCGCCAGAUGGGCAAAGGCGGCAAGCAUCAACCCGGCGCCGAGGACUCCAAGAAGCUUCGGCCGCCGUCUGCCAGGACCCCCUGCCAGCAGGAACUGGACCAGGUCCUGGAGCGGAUCUCCACCAUGCGCCUUCCGGAUGAGCGGGGCCCUCUGGAGCACCUGUAUUCCUUGCACAUCCCCAACUGUGACAAGAACGGCCUGUACAACCUCAAACAGUGCAAGAUGGCUGUGAAUGGGCAGCGCGGGGAGUGCUGGUGUGUGAACCCCAACACCGGGAAGCUGCUUCAGGGAUCCCCUACAGUCCGUGGGGACCCGGAGUGCCAUCGCUUCUACAAUGAGCGGAUGCAGUAAACCACAGCUGGCCGGUGCCUGGCACCCCCCCACCACCUCUCCAAACAUGGGCAGAGAGAGGAGAGAGCUUGUGUGGUGGGCGGGGGAGGAUUUCCCAGGAGUCUUGACACAUGUAUUUAUA